GCAACAAGUGAUAUAAAAAACAAAGCAAGAAGGAAAGAGAGAGAGAGAGAGAGAGAGAGAGAGAGUCUACUGUUUUAAUGGCGGCUGAUAAAGCUUGAAUUCUCUAUCACCAUAUAUAAACCCUAAUAUUCCUUCACAUAUCUUUCAAAGGGUACUCUAAUUUUGCAUCCGACAAAAAAAAAAAUAAUACAAGAAAAAAGAAAAGGAAAGAAGAAAGAAAACAACUUUGUUAUUACAUGUGCUUGUUGAAUUUAAAGGUGGCGAACCAGAAAGGCUCAGGUGAGUACACAAUAAGAUACCCUAGAGGUGGUGUUGAUGGCGGCGGCAGAGAUGAUAAUCAAGAAGAAGAAAGCCACCCACGAAUUGUUUUGCCUUCACAAUCAUUAUUAUUGAGUAAUCAACCAAUAAUAAGGGAAGGGGUGAUUACACAAUCGUUACCAACAACGUCAACUACUAUGUUGCCAGCUGCAGGUUAUGGAAGUCCAAGGGAGAUAUCUGCAAUGGUUUCUGCCCUAACUCAUGUUGUAUCGGGACAAAGAGUUGGCGGCGGUGGUGAUGGUGGUGGUGCUGCUGCUGCUGGUGGCAGCGGCCGCGGUGAUUUGGGAUCAUCAUAUGGAGUUGGUAGUUUUGGAAGUGCAAUUACUCCAGGUUAUACUUCUACUACUGAUUAUAGUUCAACGUCUUCUUCUUUGUCAACUUAUUCGUCUGGUUCUGGUAGUUCGGGUUUCUGGAUUGGACAAAAGAGGAGCCGCGAAGAAGAAGAAGGAAGUGCAACUCAAUUAAUUGAGUCUGUUCCAAGGGUUUAUAGAGGGUUUGGUGAUUUUAGAAUUUCUCAAGGAGAUUCAUCUUCUUCUAGUGCAACUCCUGUUACGGAAGAGGCAGCCGCUUCAGUAAUAAUCCCGACCCCACCCACCGGAACCGCCACCGCCACCACAACCGGGACCGCACCACCAACAUCAUCAACUGAAACAGUUUCUUACGAAGAAACCGGCGAGAGAAGAAGAAGAUACAGAGGAGUUAGGCAAAGACCAUGGGGAAAAUGGGCAGCGGAAAUUCGCGAUCCUCAUAAGGCGGCAAGAGUUUGGCUUGGCACAUUCGACACCGCGGAGGCUGCGGCGAGAGCUUACGAUGAAGCCGCUUUAAAAUUUAGAGGAAACAGAGCAAAAUUGAACUUCCCUGAACAUGUUAGAGUGUUACCACCACCUCCAAUACAAACCGUUGCCGUUCCCUAUUCACAUCAGCCACAACCAACUCCGCCGCAGCAAACGGCGCCGGCUCCAGCGCCGCCAUAUUUUCACUUUCAAGGCGAUAAUAUAAGAGAUUACUGGGAAUAUUCACAGCUUUUACAGAGUACCGGUGAUUUUCAUGUUCAACCUUCGAGUUUGUUAGAGCAGAUGUUUUAUAAUCAACAAUUGGCUUCUUUACAGCAGAAUUUUUCUUUUUCUCAAUUGUCAUCUACAUCAGCUCCUCCAUUUUUAGCAGCAGCAUCUUCCUCUGGAUCGUCUUCUACAUCUUCCUCUGCUUCAUUUCCUCCGCUUUUGCCUGGUCAGCAAUUGGGUUAUUUCCGGUCACCACAGAAUCAGAAUCAGCCUACCGGUUCUGAUAUUCCGGUGCCGCCGUGGUCAGAUUCUAGCCACUACCCUUCCUCUUCCAGUUAAAACUAAUUGAUUACACAAUUUUUUUAAAAUAAUAUUUUGUUUUUUUUUUAUUUUUUAAAAAUUCAGUAUAUUUUUUUCUUAUUUUUAUAAUUUUUCCACUCUGUAUUUGCAUGUAUCAUUUGGUUAUUUUAUUUUUAUUGUUGCUUUUUUUAAAAAAAAAAAAAUACUUUUGUUAUAUAAAGAGAGAAGGAACAGAGGCAGAUCAUAAAUGGUAUAAAUCUUCAGAACAAAGAACAGAACAUUUUGGAAUUUUAUAGGUAAAUUGUUCUUCCCUUCUUAAAGAUUUGAUGUUAAAUUCUCUUUUUUUUUCUUUUUUUUUUUUUUGUUUUGUUUUUUUUAAUUUUGAACAAGUGAUGUUAGAAACCAGACAGAGCUGUCUGCUCUAUGCUUCUUAAUUUAAUUUUUUAUUUUAUCAUAUUAACCUCUUUGAUGAUUAUC